AUGUCUAUCCUUCUUCGCCAAUCUCGAUCAAUCCGUGCUAUCGGGACUCCAUUUUCGAGUCUCUCGCGCGGUUAUGCGACGGAAGCGAAAGUGAGAUUCUUUCCUGAUGAACCCUCAAAGCCUAUCAUGAAGUACGAUCAGCUUCCGGGUGCAAAGACUGUUGUGCUCGCAACCUCCUUGGCUGCCUUGACUGACUCGUACCUUAUGAUUGAUCGACUAGAUUACUCCAAUAGCAUAGGGAAUUAUCUACAAGAUGCAGAUGGCAACAAGUUCUUGGACGUCUUUGCUCAGAUUGCAUCCAUCGCAAUCGGGUACAAUCAUCCUGAGCUACUAGCUUUGGCAAGAUCAGAUGAAUUUGUACAAUUGGCAAUGAAUCGACCAGCGCUUGGUGGAUUUCCACCAUCAAAUUGGAACGACAUAAUUUCAAAUGGCUUGCUCAAAGUAGCACCCCCAGGACUCGAUCAACUAUUUACAAUGAUGUGUGGGUCUUGUGCAAAUGAAGGCGCCUUGAAAGCCGCAUUCUUUGCUUACCGACAACGUGAAAGAGGAAGUCAGCUCGCCGAGUUCACGUCUGAGGAGCUCAAAUCUUGUAUGAACAAUCACACGCCAGGAUCACCUGAUCUGGUAGCGAUGAGCUUUAGGAGUGGCUUUCAUGGCAGGUUGUUUGGAUCGUUGAGUUUGACUCGGAGCAAAGCAAUUCACAAAGUCGAUGUACCAGCCUUUGAUUGGCCAGCCGUCGAGUUCCCACAACUCCGUUACCCACUGGCAGAGUUUGAAGCCGAAAACAAAAAAAUCGAAGCUGCGUCUCUACAAGGGGUCGAAGAGACCAUACUUGAAUGGAAGAAGAAGGGUCGCUCUGUCGCUGCAUUGAUCGUUGAGCCAAUUCAAUCUGAGGGCGGUGAUUACCAUGCCAGUCCAGCUUUCUUCCGCGCUUUACGCGCCCUUACCCUGAAGCAUGACGUAUACCUGAUCGUGGACGAGGUUCAAACAGGUGUUGGUGCCACCGGUCAUUUCUGGGCACACGAAGCUUGGAACCUGGAAACGCCUCCGGACUUUGUCACAUUUUCGAAAAAGAUGCAAGCCGCUGGAUUUUAUCACACUAUGGAAACCCGUCCGUCCCAGCCUUAUCGUAACUACAACACCUGGAUGGGUGCCCCAACUGAAAUCCUGAAAGCACGCACUAUCAUUGACGUGAUUGAACGUGAAAACUUGUUACACCAUGUGAAAGACGUGGGAGCUUAUCUCUAUGGAGGGCUUGAGACGCUUUCGAAAUCGGUUGGUCAAAACAAGAUUGUGAACUUGAGAGGAAAGGAUUCGGGUACAUUCUUAGCAUUCGAUAGCGCAACUCCUAAAAUGAGGGAUGACUUUGUGAAUAAGAUGAAAUUGGCAGGGGUCAAUAUGGGAGGUUGUGGAGACAAAACAGUGAGAUUGAGACCUAUGCUAGUGUUCGAAAAGCCGCAUGCAGAUAUCGUAUUGGAGACAGCAGAGAAAGUUUUGAAGGACCUGUGA